AUGUGCAGAGCGAGCUCCAUCUUCUCUCCGAAUAGGCAGCGUUCAAGACCCGAAGAUGGGCUGGAUCUUCAGUCUAAGUCGGAGGUGAAGAAGGAGACCGGUGAGUCCAGCCCGUCGGAGGCCGCCUGCCUCUGCUCUCCGGCGGCCAAGAACGAGUGUGCGAGCUGCGGCAUGGAGAUCCAUGACCGAUACCUGCUGAAGGUGAACAACCUGAGCUGGCACUUGGGCUGUCUGCAGUGUUCAGUGUGCAGAGCGUCUCUGCGCCAACACAACAGCUGCUACGUUAAAAACAAAGAGAUCUUCUGCAAACUGGAUUACUUCAGUAGGUUCGGCACUAAGUGUGGCCAGUGUGGCCGGCAGGUGUACGCCAGCGACUGGGUGCGGCGUGCUCGGGGCAGCGUGUACCACCUGGCCUGUUUCGCCUGUUUCUCCUGCAAGAGGCAGCUGUCCACCGGGGAGGAGUUCGGUCUGGUGGAGGGCCGGGUGCUCUGCCGAAGCCACUACGACGUCAUGCUGGACAACCUCCGCCGAGCUGCAGAAAACGGGACAGGACUCACUCUGGAGGGAGCGCUGCCCUCGGACCAGGACUGCCAACCAAAACCAGCCAAGAGGGCGCGGACAUCGUUCACUGCUGAGCAACUGCAGGUGAUGCAGUCUCAGUUCGCCCAGGACAACAACCCUGACGCUCAGACUCUACAGAAACUGGCAGAAAUGACGGGACUGAGCAGACGAGUCAUACAGGUUUGGUUUCAGAACUGCCGAGCUCGACACAAAAAGCAGCCGCCUCUGAGCGGCUUCUCUCAGAGCGCUCCGAUGUCCAGGAUGCCUCCGUCGCUGCCGGACGACAUCCACUAUUCACCGUUCAGCAGCCCCGACCGACCACAUCUGCUGGCCCUGCACGGAUACCUGGACACUCAUCCCUUCUCCGUCCUCGCCGCCCCCGGACACCUGACCCAUCCGUCCAUCUCUUUACCACAGCUUCCCAUCAGCCGCUGA